CGUACAAACUGUCUAAUUUCUUUCUCCCCGAUUUUCGUCACAUGAUUAACGAUCAACAUCAAAACGGAGACGAUGUCUUCAGAAAAGUUUGAAUCAUUGGACGACGAUUUUACAUCGAUCCUUGACAGUUUACGAGAGAGGAUAGAAAGGAAGAUUCCGAAUUAUAGUGGCGAGGAAAGAAAGACAGCCAUUAGACAUGCAGAAAGAAAUAUGGAAGAAGCCAACAUCAUUUACCAAGAAAUGGAAGAAGAGGCGAAAGUGGCCCCUAUCUCAGCACGCACUCAGAUGUUGAGUAAAUUGCGUAACUACAGGAGAGAAAUGGAUCAACUUAACAGAUCAAUGAAAAAAGCCACCACAUCAAGUUUUGGUGUAUCAGACACGUAUGGUUUUGAGAGAAAUGAUAGGGCAGAGGCCUCACAGAGAGCCAAGCUAAUGGAGGGGACACAGAUUUUGAACAGAACCACAGACAGCAUCGCCCGGUCUCACCAGAUCUCAGCAGAAACUGAUCAAAUUGGUGUGGAUACCAUAGAUGAACUCGGACGACAGAGGGAUGUUCUGGAACGGACACGGGACAGGGUAAGACAAAAACUGUAUAGAUAUAGGAUAAGACAGGAACUGUACAGAGAUAGAGUAAGACAGGGACUGUAUAGAGACAGGAUAAGACAGGAACUGUACAGAGAUAGGAUAAGACAGGAACUGUACAGAGAUAGGGUAAGACAGGAACUGUACAGAGACAGGAAAAGACAGGAACUGUACAGAGACAGGAUAAGACAGGAACUGUACAGAGAUAGGGUAAGACAGGAACUGUACAGAGACAGGAUAAGACAGGAACUGUACAGAGAUAGGGUAAGACAGGAACUGUACAGAGAUAGGAUAAGACAGGAACUGUACAGACAUAGAGUAAGACAGGAACUGUACAGACAUAGAGUAAGACAGGAACUGUACAGAGACAGGAUAAGACAGGAACUGUACAGAGAUAGGGUAAGACAGGAACUGUACAGACAUAGGGUAAGACAGGAACUGUACAGAGACAGGAUAAGACAGGAACUGUACAGAGAUAGGGUAAGACAGGAACUGUACAGACAUAGGGUAAGACAGGAACUGUACAGAGAUAGGGUAAGACAGGAACUGUACAGAGAUAGGGUAAGACAGGAACUGUACAGAGAUAGGGUAAGACAGGAACUGUACAGACAUAGGGUAAGACAGGAACUGUACAGAGAUAGGGUAAGACAGGAACUGUACAGACAUAGAGUAAGACAGGAACUGUACAGACAUAGGGUAAGACAGGAACUGUACAGAGAUAGGGUAAGACAGGAACUGUACAGAGACAGGAUAAGACAGGAACUGUACAGAGAUAGGAUAAGACAAGAACUGUACAGAGAUAGGGUAAGACAGGAACUGUACAGAGAUAGGGUAAGACAGGAACUGUACAGACAUAGAGUAAGACAGGAACUGUACAGACAUAGGGUAAGACAGGAACUGUAUAUACAUAGGGUAAGACAGGAACUGUAUAUACAUAGGGUAAGACAACAUACAGGGACUGGUACAGACAUCUUGUUUGGUUCAUGGUAGGAGUGGACAUGGGUUCAUUGAAUAAUAUUAGUGGACAUGGGUUCAUUCCAGAAAUGAAUUUCAUUUUUGAAAAUACAUGAGGGCAUGAACUGCGAUGAUUUACACCAGCAUACCUAAUGAAGUGUGUUAGUAAAAGUCUGCUGGCGUGAAGCGUUGCUGUUCAUACCCUCAUGUAUUUUCAAAAAUGAAAUGUUUUUUAUAUUUACAUUUUACUUCAUUUUUGUCUGAAUAUUUCCAGCCAUUAAAAUAGCCGAUCUAUAUAUAUCGACAUUCAUGUGCACGUUGUUCACAGUCAUGAGGAAAUGGCCAUCAUUUCAACUGGUAAAGAUAUUAUAAGAUAAAAAACAUUGUAAAUUUAAAUAGUAGAAUGACGACCCAUGUUUGGACUUGUAUGGGAGGGAAAUAAGUCAGGAAAGUAGUUUAUAUCUCUGGAAGACCAAGGUGACUCAUCAAUAAUUUUGUACUAUAUUGUUCAAACUAUGAACAAUAUGGAUGGCAGUAUAAUGAAAUAUUUAAUGUGAACACAUAUACUAAUGAUAAUCCAAUAAUCCAAUUAGAAAUUUUUUUAAUCCUACAAAACAGCUGCAGGAAGGAUCUGGUGGUUUUUUUUUUAAAACCUGCUUUGAUAUAAGGAAAGAAAGUCUGACAGGGCAAUUGUCAAUAAAGUUACCUCAUCUAUAUUAAGAUUAUAAAUGUGUACAUUUGUUAGGGAAUAAGAUUUGCAUGGUAAUUGAUGUGUUGUU